AUGACUCAGUACAUGAUCGCGACUAUACGCUGGGUUGACUGCCUGCGCGAGGAAGCGCUGGUCAAAUGUGCGUCACAAGAUGUCAUCGCAGCGCUUGAGGAAGUUGAGGCAGCGCGCAGAGAUGAACUUCACACUGCGAACGAGCGAUGUGAACGCUCCAGAAGUCGACGCGACAGAAAGAUCCAGGUCCGUGGUUCAAACUGCGUAGUACGUCUGCACUCUGAACCAGUUAUAGAAUACAAGCCUAUCGAAGACCACACCCUCGAAGCUCUCACCGCCGAACAAGACGAUGUCCAGGCCGAAGUCAGCCCGACUCUAUUGACACGCGCACCGAGAUCAAGCGCCCCAUCUCAAGAGCGAGAUCACCUGGAAGGAGGCAGAGCAGCACACGGCGCAGCUCAAUCAGAGCUGAACGACCUCAGCGAUAAGUGGAAAGAGUACGGGAGAGACGAUGGCAAGCUCAACACCAAUCUGACCCCUGCAAGCGAGGAACUGAGAAGGCGGAGCGCACCCCUGCCGACAUGA